GUCUCGGCGGAAGGGAUGCUCGGGGCCGUUGACCAGCACGUCCGUCGUCUCUCUCCCUCCUGAACAGGAGCGGCGGCAGAAAGCGAAGCAGGGGGUCAAUGGCGUUGCAAGCAGCGCACUUGGAGGCGGACGCCUUCCUCGUCUGCAUGGUCCACACUCUGAGCACUGAGCAAGAAGAGGUCAUGGGCCUCUGCCUCGGCGAGGUUGGGGCUAGCCGAAUCGCUCACAUUCGCUCGGUGAUCAUUCUGCUCCGGUCAGAUAAGAGGAAAGAUCGCGUGGAGAUUUCCCCGGAGCAGCUCUCGGCUGCUUCGACGGAAGCGGAGAGGUUGGCUAAGUUAACGGGACAGCCCACGAGGGUUGUGGGCUGGUAUCAUUCCCACCCCCACAUCACCGUUUGGCCGUCGCACAUCGACCUCUGCACGCAAGCGAUGUAUCAGAUGUUGGACAGAGACUUUGUGGGGCUGAUCUUCUCCUGUUUCGACGAUGACAAAAGCACAAAGACGGGCCGGGUUGUCUUCACCUGCUUCCAGUCCCUUCAAGCCCCAGAGAGCUCCUGCAAAUAUGAAAGGGUUGAAAUUCCCGUUCACCUGAUUCCUCGCAGCACCAUGGGGAAAGCGUGUCUCGAGUCCAUGAUGGAGUUCCCCAGGGUCUUGCGUCAAGAGGAGCAAGAUGCCUUCAGGAAAAUCCAUAGCCUUUCCCAUCUGGAUCUUAUCACCAAGAUCCACAACGGAUCGGUGUUCACUAAGAAGCUGUGCAGCCAGAUGUUGGUCAUCGGUGGUCCUCUGAUGCAGUGGCUGGAGGGUCGCUUGAAGAGAAACGAAGAGAGGCUGCAGGAACUGCAGCAGGAGAAAGAGAAACUUCUGGAGGAACUCGCUGCCCUGGAGAGAGAAGAACAGAAUCUCAUGGCCUGAGAAAUGAAGCAACAGCCCAAGAUUUCUAAGCUUGGCUUCAUCCUGGCUUGCUGCUUCUCCAUCUCUUCCCAUCUUGUUGGGUGUGUUCUGUGUUUGUGCGGCAAGCUCACCACAUGAAACAUUUGCUCAGUAGAGUUGUUGUUUACUGCACACACACAAACAUGCACUGCAUAUAAAUAUGCUUUCUAUCGAGUUGCAAGCAGGCCUCUCUCUGUUCCCAGAGAGGGUUCUUUG